AUGGCAGAAAUUACGCCUGUACAUCCGAUAAGAUGGAAUGGGAUGACGAUUCAUUGGUGGCAGUUUUUGAAAGCCCCCAAGGACCGUACGCCUGUGAAUGCUCUGCAAAGAAUUGAUCAACUAGCAGCCUUGAAGCUCAACUUGAUCAGAAUUGAGCCUUUGCCACGGAAGCCAUCCUCUUUCGGCGUCUACCUGGGCAGCUUUGGAAUCCCUCUCACAAAAGAACAGGAGCGACUGAUUAACCAGUGGGAUAUGUUGGUCGUCGAUCCGUUUCAAGUUGGAGUAUCAGAAGCCAUCUGUUUCCGGAAGCAUGCAAUUGUAUUGGGUCGCGUGGACCUUGACAAAAUUCUUGAUUCACAGGACCCCGGCCUGGGCACAGUCGAAAAGAUCGAGGAUAUUCUGCUCCAAAAAUUUGCCAGGAAUUCAUUUAGUGGGGUUUUACUGGCAAAAUGGGAGGAUUCCAUCGCGGUAUCCCUUCAAUGGCGACUAUUUGAGGCCCUAAGCAAUCUUGGUCUACUUGUAUACCUGGAAGUCAAGCCACCAGAAUUUCUGAAAAAUAGAGAGAUAUUGCAACAUCAGGCUGUCGCUGGGUUGGUUAUACAAAAUGCCAGUAUAUUGCCACAUGGAGAAAAGCGAGAUUACUUCCAGAUGAAGAAUCUGCAACCAACUGUCAAGACAUUCGUUUCCGAGGCCUGUACAAGACCGUUUUCUGUCUUCGCUUGGGAGAGAGUAGCGGAUGGCGUGGUUUUCUCAAAUGCAGUUAUUCGAAGGUCAAUUGAAUGGUGCAACUUCUAUAGCAUCAUCCCCUGGAUUGGCUCUGAGUCUACUCUUUAUCAUGCUGAGGAUAAUACUCCGAGGGUUCAACCACUUUCAGCUUUUGGUUGGUUGAAGGAGACGGAAGUUAUCAAAGCUCAUGGCUUUUGGCGUUCAAACUAUGACAUAACCUCGGUCCCCAAUGUCAAAUAUAGGUGGGAAGCUCUUCAAACUCUGUUUCCAACAGUGAAAGACUUUAUCGAAUCCACUGAUAAUAAUUAUAUCCCCGUGGAAGAUCCAGCUUCUCAACUGAGAGAACCUCUAGGGUGGACUUCACAAGUCAAAUCGCGGGGACACCUGCUGUCUUUUCUGACGAACGGCGAGAAAUGCGACUCUUUGGGCUGUUUCCCUCUUGGCUCUGACUCGAAUACACAAGCGUUCUCGGAGAUCUUGAAGUCUCAGCAACGUCUCAAAUGUCUGGGUCUUCUCUGCCCCGUCCCCACCUCAGAGAUCCAGAAAGUCGGGGCUCUUCUUCGAAAAUUUAAGCAGACCAAUUAUCGCGGCAAUGAAAAAGUUUCCUUGGCACUCAAUGAGCUCUCUCAUUUUGCGUUGAAUGGUGCUCUAAGAGUGAAUUUAGCGCUUGACUCUGGUCUCAAAAAGACUACGAACGUUCGCUUCUGGGCUGUCCAUCAACUUGAAAAUGAUGGCAUGGAAGUUUUUGUUUCGAAGAACGCGUGCAGCAUAGCUGGAACCAUACUUCAUACUUUCCUUUCUGCGAAAGGUUUUUGUCGCAACGAAUGUUUUGAGAUAGAGACAACACUCGCAAAAUUUUCACAGGAGCUUGUACCGAACACAAACCUUCCUCGUCGGCUUGUCAAAGAUAUCAAUGCACUUAGUCCCCAAGAGCGACUUGCUCUACUCAUACAACUGUCUUACGCCGAAACCAAGGAUGACCUAUCCAAGAACCUGUGCUUUUACAUUCGAAAUAUGCUUAUAGAUGCAACAUCUUUGAUUCAGCUGAGGGAUGUCAACACGGCUGGUUAUUUGGAACAGUCUGUCUCUCCUGAAGAACUUAUCAAAGGCCGCAUUAGCUGGUAUAAGGCUCAACAGUGCAGAAGCCCUUCGUUUGAGGGUUCCUCGAGCCUCUUUCAUCAGGUUGAUCGCGUUUUCCAUGAAUUACUAAGGGAGAAUCGUGAACAUGACCUUGCGACCAUCACAAAUGCGCUCUGCGAGUUGAUAAAAGAGGGCCAAAUCGAUGCCUAUACCGAUAUGAUGGUUCUGGCAUUGAUUUGCGCUGCAAGAAAGUACGCUUUUGAUGAGAUAUACUCCGAAGUCACCGAUCGCAAUCCUCUGUUCAAUAAUCAGCCUGACCAAGCCGCCACAUUUGCUGAAUCUUUUGCCCUUGGGUCACGCUGUGAGGUAUACUUUGACAUGCCCCCGAGUGCAUUUGGAAAGCUUCUUGCAAACCGAUUUCGCUCUUAUUAUACAUCGCACCAACCGCCCACUUGGGUCAACGGAGCGCCUGAAAUGGCGACUGCGUAUUCUGGAGCUCAAAUUGAUGUCGACCCAAACGAAAAACCCCGACCGAUGAGAACUUAUCAAAGAUUUACUUUUAUGAGCGUUUUUGCCAUCCCGGCCUUGAUCGAUGUCAUUCUUCUCAGUAUCAUCGGAAGAGGCCUGUACCUAUCUGCUUUCAUGACGCAUGAAGAGCAAUAUAGUGCCACUUUGGCUUUGAUGAUAUCCUUGCUUAUAUCAGGUGCCACUGGCACAUGGAUUGCAUGUGGUGGGCCCUACUAUCUUGUAUCCAUGGCUUUUGCUGCUGCAAAUAUGUUUGUCCUUAUCCGCCUAUUCGCUGGUAUUGCAUUUACGCUGGCUGGAGGCUUGAUUGGCUUCGUGAUAAUAUCGGCUGUCCAAAACCCUCGCUCUGGUAUUGUGUUUUGGCUCUACCUGGUCUCCCUCACGAUUUACUUCUGCACUUUUGCUUCACUUGCAAGCUUCAGCUAUCCCGGAUCUGCAUUUCUUUCUGGACGCAAAGCGAUACUUUUGUGUAUACCGAUAUCCUUUCUAUCACCCAUAAUCUCGACCUUCGCGGGCAAUGACUUAGCCAUUUACCUCGUUGUACUCUAUUUUCUGACGGGUGUUCUUCUCCUUUGCUUACGAUCCGCCACUUCAAAAUGGAUGACAUGGUACCAGGCCAUUCGAUAUACCGACGACAGUGAGAUCCGCGAAUGGUACAUUUCUACACAUGGAAGCAACAAUAAUAGAUCAUUUGACGAAAUGAGUGAUCCUGCCGUUCUCAAGAUAGCCCGGGAAGCUUUGCUAAAUGACGUGAAACGAGAACGAUUCCGCUGGAUAGUCUCAAACCCGACAAACGAUCAAUUGAUCAAAGAGCUUGCUCGUGAUUGGGAGUCUACAAAUUUCCUUCUGGAUUGGUAUUGCCGAUAUGCAGAUGUUCCAAGGCCCAUUCCGUUUAGCUCAAGCUGGAAUAUUCAGACUAAGGUAGCUUUGGAUACUUUGAAAGGCUCACAGAAGGGCCUUCGACUACACAACGCAUUCAUUCAUUGGCGACAAUCUAGCAAUGAAAUCGGAUGCGGCGUUCUAUUUUUCGUGAUUGCACUUCUCGACAAAUGGAUUCAACUGUUGUGCGGAGACCACCUACUUGGCCUGACGGGGCCUUUGCACGACGCCAGUCGCAAGGCAGUUGGUUUUGCUCUGGCCUACUAUCUUAUGGGCGCGAUUUUAAUCGAUACCAAAGCCCAGAAUGUUUAUGAGAUUCUCGGUAGCCAGGAGCCCUCUGCGAUCAAGACAGAAAAUGACAUUCGAGUGAUUGAAAAGCGAUAUGUGCGGUUUCGCCGGAGAGUUUACUGGAGAACUCUGUUCAAAUUUCUUAUGUGGAAUGUUUGGAGCCUUGCAAUUUCCACCACGCUUCUAUGGACAUUUCAAUCAUCUGCACAAGAUCUUAUUAUGUUCUUUGCUUAUAUACUCGCCUACACGGGUCUUGUCUGGUGCCAAUAUACCAAGAUUUUUGCUGGACCAUAUGCUUUGAAGCCGCUCAUUAUCGGUAUAUGUACAGGUCUACCAGUUGGAAUCGCAUUGAAAGCUUCUCUCCCCAACUUUCUAUACUCACAAGUGAUUGGUCUCGGUGUAGCGACCUGGAUUGCUGCUUUGUUAUCGCUGUGGAGUGCCGCGGGAAUGGCUAUGCCUUCCAGAAGCAUCUCACCACUGAAUCUUGAGAGGUCCUUUCAUGCUUUCACGGCCCCCUGGGAUAAUGCUGAAUGGUCACAGCAUGAGCUUCAGGGGCUUUUUGACAACAACCUUCUCUCUGUACCAACUACCGAUCGCUUCGGACUCAAUCCUGUGAGUCAUCCUGCAAUUGAGAUUAAAAAUGCAUUGAACGCGCAUAAAAAGACGUCUAUAAUAGAGGAAGCGUUCCCAAACCCAGGCAAGAUCGUUGAUACGGUCCUCUCAUCAUGGGAGACAGGAAAGCUCUACGUGGAGCUGGUACCAAAUGGCUCUUUGGGCCCUGGGAUUCGAGCUCUAGCCUGCAAGAGCGGAGAUCAGCUUGUCUUGAUGAUUGGUAUCAGAGAUUUGCUUGAGCAAAAACUUGGAAUUUCCGUCAAUUGCCAAGUCGUUGCGGAGACCUUGAUCCACACAGUUUCUGAGAUGAUCAUGGACCUCCCUCACGAAUAUGCAGUACUGUCCGAAUCCAUCAUUACCGGUGGGGUAUCGCAUACCAUUGUCACGCAGCUUUGCGGAGAUACUAACUCGCCUCUUGUUGCGCAAUGGGCCCAGAAAGAAUUGAUACGGCAGCUCUGCCUUGGGCUUGAGCCAGACCUUCAAUGGGAUACACUACCCGCUGACAUUCGAAGUGUGUUUCUCCACCGAUGCCUGGGAGAGAAAGCUGGUCUUACUGCCUCUCAACGCACAUGGCUUCAACAGAGGGUAUCUCGAACUUAUGGAUGGGACCUGGACAUGCAUGUAGCAAGGUGCAAUCUUGGAGUGGAUGUAGCCACCAGAGUACUCAGAUAUGUCCACGAAGGACCAGUCGAUGCUGCUUAUCCAGAUAAAGCGCAGAUCGUGGAGCAUAUUCCGGUCAUUCCUCGGGUGCUUCCCAUGUCACUCUCGCUGACACAGGCGCCGUUCAGUUUGGUUUAUCAUAAGCUUGGCACCAUUCUCAAAUUCACCAUGAUUGCUCUUGUUGCCGAUGCUGAGUUCCAAAGAGAGCUCGAUUAUGUCACCAAACCUCUACCAAUGCCAAUUCGUGUUCCAGCAGUCUUUACUUUUACCAUGAUGUGGAACUAUUCGAAAUAUUUCCAAGACUUUUGUCUAUCGGCCUUUCUAUUUCAUCGGCGCAAGAAUAUCAGGAAGCUGUGGAACGACACGAAAGGCCUUGCGGUUCAUAUCAAAAAGAACCAGAUCAUUACACAAAAUCUCGAUGGCACACUCACAGCCUUCAAACAUCGCAACAGUGACGGUGGCUUCAAACUAUAUCAUUAUACAGGCCUUCAUAUGACAGAACCAAAGGGGUUGAAGGGCCUCGUUUGCAUCUCUGUGUACUCGAGCGACAUGUUGCUUCUUAUCAAGCAAGAUUUGAAAGCCGACAGGUUAGUCAAUGAGUAUCACUACGAUUAUGAAGGGCCUUCAAAGAAAGGCAUUGUCAGACGCAUUCCGCUCAACCGUCGAUGUAUUAAGGGCGAAAAUCAUCUUCAUACGGUUAGAUAUAGCAGCGAAGGUCUUGUUAAAUCGGGCUCUUACAUGAAAGAUGGGGAUCUAGUUCGCUUCAAAUACCACCAUCGCAAGAACUCGCAAUUCGGGGACGAGCUGCUUCGAGCUGAAUUUUUAAUUGGCCAAACAACCUGUGAGGUGGCUUGGUGUGCUCCUCCCAGGAGUCAUCCGGAAAGGCUAGACCGAUGGAUUCCAUAUGCCAAGGUGACAGAGGCGAAGAUUGUGCAGGGUUCCGAUAUUUUUGAGGGCCGUUGGUCGUAUGAUCACAAGCUGCAUCCAUGUAUUUAUACUACCCUCAAUGGGUGCGAGACACAGACGCCCUCUAUCCUCGAGCAUGAUCUCUUUGGAAUUCUGUCAAAGCCCAAAGACACCAGUUUCAUACAAGAUAAUCCUUUCUUCUUCUUCGGCAAUAGCCUUCAACCAAGCCUUUUCAAUCGGGUCCUGGGAUUGACGACAAGGCGCUUCGCAGUAUCAACAUCUCAUGCUCGAUCAAUACUGUGGAAGGCCUGGAAAGAUCGAAACGACCUUGAUGGUAUUACUGUUCGCUGGAUGGAUGAUCAAAUUUUGCGUAACGAAGGCAUUAUGGCUCCUUAUUGGCGUCAUCGGGAUUGGGGUGGGUUGACCGCAGCCACCAAGUAUUUGGAUAUUCAUGGCGAUACAAUCAUGGCCAGUGUGGACCUGGAAGACAAUGUUUCCAGCUGGACUCCGCUGGCAGUUAAGAUAAGCGAUCUAUUCAACUUUGGACCUGGCGGCGAUUCAGUUGUUACAACACGUUCAAGGGACUUGUCUCCUGAUACGGAAGAUUAUCUCCAUGUUAUGGCUGCGGAUACUGGUACAUGGCCCAACGAAGGUGGAGGUGUUUCCGCUUGUCGACGGGACAUGGUCAAUUGUCUGCGCAGCAUCAAAUGGCAUAUGCUGUGUGAAUCUGCGAAUGAUUUUGGUAUACCCAAAUAUCAAAUCGAACGAAACAUCCAGUCGUUGAAGAUCAUUCCUCUAUGGGGUCUGGAUUUCCUCACUCCGACUCAUGGUCUCUUUCAUAACAGGCUGGAUGCCCAAGUGGAUGAUAAUACUGCUGUCAGCGAAGUUGAUAUCAAGGUGAACUUCAUUCCGAUUCUCACGGCAUUGGUGAAAGGUGCACGUGCUGUGAGUCUCUCUCGAGCCGAUAUAAAGCAGAUCACCAGGGCACUUGUCAACCUCAACACGUACUUUCAAGAAUCGCGACAUUGGUCACUGAUAUGGAAUAGCGAAUUUGUCAAGCAGGCCUGGCGGGACCUUUGGCUCAGUCAGGAUAUGCCAAAUGCUAUUCCAUCUACCGAAUGGUUGAACACGGAGCUUCCAACAUUGACCUCCUUCGGUGUUGCACUUGAAUUGUGGUAUCGAUAUCUUUUCAUAUUCUCUAUCCCAGUUCCUGAAAAGAUCCCCGACGUCUUCCAAGCCUCACACCACAGCGUCAGUGCCUCUUAUGGCGUUGUUUGUAAAAUCAAGAGAAACUGUACCCUACAGAUCUGGGAUCAUGCAAUCAGCUGGCGAGAAUCAAACCUCUGUCUCUCUUCUGCAUUGAGCAAACUUUCGCCUUUCGUCCGAAACUCCCUUCUAGGCUUGAUGCGGAUCACAUCUGUUCUGGCCCUCCACCACGCAGAUGUCAUUCUUCCAUGUGCAGACUUCUUCAACCCGGGCUGGGAGACUGAGAUUGGAACCUGCCAGGGCACGAUCGAGCACCGCAAUACAUUCCGUCGCAAGAUAGAUCCAGUCGUGAACGGCAUAACAGAUAUGCAAAAGUUCAAGCCGGUCGACAGCAUAAAGUCCACACGCCCAACGGUUACCAUGCUAUCCCAUGUGUGGUUCGCAAAGGACAUCAAGACCGCACUUCUUGCUGCAGACAUCAUCAUAAACCAAUGGAAAUUCAGCGACUACCACCUAGAUAUCUACGGAGCAAUCAACAGGGCCCCAACCUACUCAACCGAAUGCCAAGAGAUUAUCGCCUCCAAAGGUCUCCGAGGCCGAGUCACCCUACGCGGAACUGCAGAUCCAAUGAAAGUCCUCGAAAACACCUGGCUCUUCUUGAACUCAUCCCUCUCAGAAGGUCUCCCUCUUGCACUGGGUGAAGCAGCCCUGACCGGUGCCCCAGUCGUCUGCACAGACGUCGGUGCUUCUCUACGUGUGCUGAGUGAUCCAAACAAUUUCUCUCGCUUCAGUGCAGUGGUUGCACCAAAUGAUGCCCUAUCUCUAGCCAAGGCGCAGAUUUCCAUGCUUGCUUUACUGGGUGAAUGGAGCCAAUAUGCCGAAGGCAGUACACCAGCCCCGAUUCUUACUUCCUCGCCUUCUACCGAAGUGGUAGAAGCUAUCACGCGUCGUAUGUACGAGAAAAGCCCGCAGUGUCGCGCGUUAGGAAUGAAAACGCGUCAAAUUGUGCAAGAGUCUUUUAGUGGAGAGCGUUAUCUGCGAGAGCACGAACAGAUGCUUUGGAUUGGGAAGUUUGCCAAGAUGAUGAGUAGUCAAGCAGCUGGGACAUCAUUAAAAGGAGCGAAUCUCGUCGCAGACGAAGCAAAACACACCACCAACUAUGAAAAGGACGUCAACAACACUUCAAAGACGCCUUCCUCGUGGCACCCUUCCACUGCGCUAGACAUAUCAACAACACACAAAGUCAUCGCUGGGCAUCAAAAUGAUCAGACCGAACCUAUUACUGUACCUCCAGCUGUGGCAUUGAAUGGCCGCCGCACCGAUACGCAGCCCGCUUCUGAUAUCGCGACUAUAACCACCCGCCGUUCGGGAAUUUCCCCAAACGACAAGCCCCUUGGGGCUAUUGCACCACCCCAAAGAUUGCAAUCUUCAUUUGCUUCGCUACGGUCACAAGCGGGACAUGACCAAGUACGGGGGCUGCGACGAGAUGACCUAUUGCAAUACCGCAACCCAGAUGUGAAUUUGAUUAUGAGCCAGGACUUUCUCCGGUCUGGCAUGCUCUGGAGCGGCUAG